AUGAGCAAAAGAGCAUCCGAUGGCGCCAAGAUACCUCUCUUGGACCUGAUCGAUGGACUCAAUCAGUCCAUCAAAUCGGAAGACCCGCCUUCCGGCACCUACAGCAAGAUCCUAUUCGACAGGGAUGAAGUGGAAGGCCUUUCCAUCAGAGCCCCCGCUUACGAUUCCAAAUUUCAGUUGGUUUUGGAUAGCCUCAAUGAGCUCACUACCGACCUGCUAAAAGCGAUACCUGAACAGCAUCAUCAGCAUGCGAUCUUCAAGCAUCUUGUCAAGCAGCUCAAACGAGCAGCUACUUGUCCCGCUUCCCGCAAGAGACGCAUCAACGUUAUUGGGAAAUCUGGGGCAGGCAAGAGUACCCUUAUGAAUUGUCUGAUGGGCCUGGUAGGUUUCGCGAAGGCAGACAUCGCUACAGGAUGCACUACGAUACCCACAUCCCACGAAGCGCCCUUUGCCGACCAGAUUCUCGACUUCGCAGCUCACAUUCAGUACUUCUCGAUCAAGACUAUACGCCAGCGACUCACGUCCAUGUGGCAUGACUACUAUGACUUCCAUUUCGAGGAGAAUAAGUCAGACUGGACGGAGGACGAUAGGCAAGACGCCCGGCAGUCAGCACAGACUGCGUUGGACGCGUUGUGUUCAUUGUUCCGUUCGCACGACGCCUUCUCUACCGACUUGAAAGCGAAGCAAACUCUCAAGGCCCUGAGAUUUGAGCACAUUGAUAAUAUUAUCGGUCCUUGGGUAACCUGGUGUCGAGAUGUAUUGCCAACCCCAGGACAGGAGGGUGAUGAUCUGAGUGAUCUCGAUGAUCGCAUUCCUGUCCUCAAGUUCGAAACCAGUACCCAGCAAGAGCUGCGUGCCCAGCUCGAUAUAUACGCAUAUCCAGACACCAGAAGGACCUCUUUCUGGCCACUAGUCGACACUAUUCGGGUAGGCCUUCGCGGCAUUCGCAUCCUUAGCUACGUUACACUAGUGGACUGGCCGGGCGCGGGCGACACAAAUGAUCUCCGGGGCAAGGCAUCCACCGGACGAGUAGCAGACUGCGAUGAGGUUUGGAUCGUAUCUGACCCUAACCGCAUAUGUACCGAUCCUGCCAUUUGGCGAAGCAUAUCACGAUUCGCGGCUACACACCCGUGUUCUAUUAUAUGCACCAAAGUGGAUGAGAAGUGUGAUGACUUCACUGAUAUGGACAAAAUUCGAAAAGAUGGGUUCGAGAUGGGCGAGAUCGAUGACCUUCGGGCCUCAGAGAAAGACACAUCUGAACAUGUGGAGACGUACAAGAACACUUUGCAAGAAUGGACUGAGAUUAUAGGCCUUGGAUUCCAGACGUUGCCUGACAAUAAGCGGCUAAAAGUCUCGCAGGAAGACGUAGCGCAGCGCCAGGCCCGCCUCCCUGAAGUACAGAACGAGCUCUUCGUGUCUCAACGCAAGCUUUCUGACAUCCAGCGUGAUAGACGUACGCGGGUUGUCGAAAUUCGCAACGCGUGGCUUCGCACCCAAAUACAUUCCCAGCUCAAGCGAGAUAUCUCUGCAGCGUAUCAUGUCGAUGUCUUUUUCGCAUCCAGCAGACACUACUUGGCCCACAAAAGAUUGGAGACAGUAUCUGGCGCUUUGUUGCCUUUGGCAGACACGGGGAUUCCAGGACUCAGACAGCACAUUCUGCGUCAAGCUUCUCCUGGCAUCGUCACCAGCGUACGGCAUUAUAUCACCGGAGAAGUAAGCCGCGUCCUCGAGGGAGUGGGCGUUGCCGCUGCCCCCAAAGACCUCGCAGACUGUUAUGCAGUGCUUGAACAUAUCAAGAAGAAGCACAAUCUCGGUAUACAGGCACAGCAGAGCUAUAUGGAAGCUACGGACGACGGGAGCUCCGAGUGUUUCAUAAGGGGCAUUGAAGACAAAAGGCAGAGGCUUGCCAUAGCCGCUGUCAAGGUAGUCGAGGGUCUACGCGAGUGGCAUGCUAUGAGCCUGAAAGCUUUUAUCGCAAAAGAUGGCGACUUUGCGACGCAAAGACAGAAGGCUCAGAGGUGGAAUGAGAAAUUCGCUGGCAAACUGGGCGAUAUCAUUCUCCGCAGCUGGAACUCCUUCGCAGCCACUAAGGUCGAAUCGACCAAGACAUUGGAGUCCUUCCUCAAGGCCGAGCUCCGCGACAUUAUCCAGCUCAGCAGCACCGAAAGAGGAGCGUCGAAGCGGCUGGCAGAUCGAGAGGGUCAGUUCCGAGUCUUUGUGGAGACACAAGUCCAGCAACUUACGAACAAAUGCGACAAUGCUGCCGAAAUGUACGCGGUGAAGAUGAGAGGCAUCAAGGUGGACGCAAUCAAAACCGGUUGCCGACUCUCAAAAAGCUACUUUGACUAUGCGAUGGAGCCUACCUAUGCAGAGGCCCGCGGCAUCAGAGGCAGAGGCUUUAUCAAGAAAGCCAACGAUCACUUUGAAGCUCAUAUGAAGAACAACGGCAAGAAGUCCCCCUUCAUCUUCGCUGCCUUCCUGUUGAAAGACGCUGCCGACAGCGCAGCAGAAGAGCAAGCCGACGCCGCUGUGCAAGCCUUCUGCGAGUGUCUCGACGACAUCUACCAAUGGCUGGACGGAGUGUUUGUGGAGCAUGGAGAUGUGCGAGGCAUCUGGGCCAUCUUGCUCGACCUGGAGAAGGCCCAUAAGCUGGGCCAGAGGAAGGUUCUCGAGUGUGAACACAGGCUGAAGAUGGUCGAUGAGGAGUAUGGGAAAGAAGAGGAGAAUGCGAAGAGACUGAAGAGGAACGCGGCGGACAGGGAGCGGAAUGCCAAGGCUCGCUUGGCGAAGCUGGAGCUGGCUUGA